AUGCACUUCCUGACCGGGCCUUCAGAGUCUGGGAGCGGGACACCUGGAGACGUUUCAGUUGUAAGGAGGACACCGGAGCGCCUGGAGGAAACCGUAGCGCCUGGAGGAAACCGGAGCACCUGGAGGAAACCGGAGCGCCUGGAGGAAACCGGAGCGCCUGGAGGAAGCUGUUGCGUCUGGAGGAAACCGGAGCGUCUGGAGGAAGCCGUUGCGUCUGGAGGAAACCGGAGCGUCUGGAGGAAACCGGAGCGCCUGGAGGAAGCUGUUGCGUCUGGAGGAAACCGGAGCGUCUGGAGGAAGCCGUUGCGUCUGGAGGAAACCGGAGCACCUGGAGGAAACCGUAGCGUCUGGAGGAAGCCGUCGCGUCUGGAGGAAACCGGAGCGUCUGGAGGAAACCGUAGCGUCUGGAGGAAACCGGAGCGUCUGGAGGAAACCGGAGCGCCUGGAGGAAACCGGAGCGCCUGGAGGAAACCGGAGCGCCUGGAGGAAACCGGAGCGCCUGGAGGAAGCUGUUGCGUCUGGAGGAAACCGGAGCGCCUGGAGGAAACCGGAGCGCCUGGAGGAAACCGGAGCGCCUGGAGGAAGCUGUUGCGUCUGGAGGAAACCGGAGCGUCUGGAGGAAACCGUAGCGUCUGGAGGAAACCGGAGCGUCUGGAGGAAACCGUAGCGUCUGGAGGAAACCGGAGCACCUGGAGGAAACCGUAG